AUGAUCAACGUCGACCCACCAACUGGAAACUUCCCUGCAUCUGGAGGUAAUUCGGUUCACAACAUCGUCUCGGAGUCGGAUUCUCGUUUGGCAUUCAAGGUGAAAUCGUCGAACAAUGAGCACUACCGUGUUCGUCCCGUCUACGGAUUCAUUGAUCCGAAGGGAAAAACCAAGUUGGAUAUCAAUCGUAUUGCUGGACCACCAAAAGUUGACAAGCUUGUCAUUCAAUAUGCUGAAGUGCCAGCCGAUGAGACUGAUCCUCAAGCACCAUUCAAAGCUGGAGCACAGCAAGGUGAAGUCAUCGUGAAGAUCACUGCCGAAUGA